AUGACACGUCGUUCCCAUUCUCUGUUUGGAUGCGCUCACACUCGACAUCCUCUCCUCCAGCUCUAUCCUUUGGCCGGUUGCUGCGUCUCUCCCUCAGCUCUUGUCCCUUCAGCAGUCUCUCCUUCGGAUUCAUCGGAUCCCAACAUCCACUCCUCCUUCUUGACACCUGUGCCAUCCACAUAUGUUCGAGUCACGUCAGCAUUCGCUGACAUGGUUGUUGAUACCCGGAAUGAAGACCCGUACACAUACCCAUACCCGCACUGUGGGUACGGGUAUAUCUUUGGGUAUGGGUAUGGGUCUGACUGCACACACCCGGGGGUAUACCCGUGCAGUUCCCUAUUCACAGGACAUGAGUCUAUCGAUCCUCGUGUCGAGCUCGAGCCACGCUAUGCACAGCAUACAGAUUCAAUACGUAGUAUCUCUUGUAGGUCAGAGAGGAACCUCCUUGACGCACCACACCUCCUCAGCUUUUUCCUGAACUUUGUCCUGUGGAACCGUGUCCUCCCAAAAGCCUUGCAUGAAUGCAGCAUCCACAGUGCCCUUGAUAUUGUGGAGCUCACAAAGAAGGAGCUGCCUCUGACAUACAAGAUCAGGCAGGCGUUACACGAUGUGUUCAGCAAUGGCUGCAAGGAGUGCUUUGGCUGCAAAGGCAGAAUUGAAUGGUCCUUUGAUGAUCACCUAAAGGCAACUGAUCAGCCUGCUCCAGGUAAUAUCAGCCAUCUACAUGUCAUCUCUCCCUCGGCUCUUGUCCCUUCGGCUUUGUCUCCUUCGGAUUCAUCGGAUCUCAACAGAUGCCGCUGUGGGGGCUGUGAAAUGCCACUCUAG